CAAAAAUAAUGACGGUAAAAUGGCCUCCAGCGGACUCACGAUUUUAACCUUAUAUUUAUGCUCUGCAGCCAUUGGCGGGGCUUCAGGGCUGGAAGUGAAAAUUGAGCCAAAUGUAAUGGAAAUAAGGAAUUAUGUUGGAGAUGAUCUCAUCCUGAGCUGCCAUGUGAAGAGAAGCAAAGAAGAGCAGGAUAAAUUCUCUCUCAGCUGGCAGGUUCCUUUUGAUAAAAAUGUGCGUGUAAAUAUUAGUGAUAUUUUGGGAACAUUAAUAUUAUCUGUUCAAGAUCUACAUGAGACAGACCGGGGCAAUUACACAUGUACUCUUAUGAGUGAACAUGAUCCACCACUGAGGACAUCGGUGAACGUUGUUGUGUUGCCACGAGGCAGAGUUGGAUACUGCUCCCAUGACUCUUUUCAGUUAAAUGCUUCUGGCCUUGCAGGGACAGAUGUGUGCGCAGGGAAGCUGAUAUGUGAGGAGGGGCGGUGCAUUCCCCCGAGUCUGUGCUGUAGGGAGAAAGACUUGCAUCCCCCAAAUUGUACUAUAAGACCAGGAAUUGAAUGUUGCAAGCAGCUUUUGCAUCCUGCAAUUCGUGACCAGGAUCUCUACUACUUAAAAGCACCACCAAGAUUGCAUCAACAAAGGAACCCACAGCCAGAUUCUACUCUCAUAAUGGGUUGCAUUGUGGCAGUAGCAAACUUGGUAACUGUUGGUAUCAUAGUUGGGGUAAGGUACCACCUAUGGCGCUCCAAUGGUUCUACCUCCCGUGCUCAUUACCACUUGAAUAGAUUACGGUCAGCCACUCUCCGUCCAUUUGGCUUUGGUUCAUCUCUCAAUCCACCAUCAACCACUGAUCAGUAUCAGUUACGUUCAGCAGAUACUCUGUAUUCAAGAAGAAUCCCAGGUUUGCGCUCGGAUCUUCUGUCGCCAGAGAUCCUUCGUGAACAGAGGCAACAGUGCACACAUCAGCAGAGACCCUUUACUGGAGGCGUUGUCUUGUGCCCUCCAACCAAUGCUCAGCCUCCCCAGUACUCACAGUUGCCGACAGCUCAUACAGGGCCCCCACCUGCUUAUCAUCAGGUUGUGGGAGCUCCACCACCACCUUACUCCUCCCGUGAUGAUCUUACACUAGGAAGCUCUUCAGAUGGCUCCUCCCUGUCUCUCCUGUCACCACUUCUGAACAACAAUAACAAUGGGGAUAUCAAUGGUAACACCACAGCCCACCUUUCUGUUAUACAGAACCAAAAUGUGGCCCAUGCUACAGCUUCUUCUGCAGCACCUUCUCAGUUCUCAGGUUCCCAGUCCCGAGGCAACAAAUGAUAAGCUUUAGCAUUAAUGGGGCGGAGAGAAACAUGCUUGAAAGCUUUUCGAAUCUGAUUAAUAUUUUGAAUCAUAAUCUUUUGAAUCUUGAAGAAUUUUAAAACUCUUAAUUCAGUUUUUGAAUCUUAAUAAAUUUUUAGAAUCUUAAUUAAUAUUGAAAUCUUAAUUAACUUUUUAAUCUUUAUUAAUUUUUUAAAUCAUAAUUCAUUGUUUUUUAGUGGAUAGUGUAUCUGACUCAAAAUAUGAGGUUGAGUACUCUUUGCAAACAGUGCUUUGAGGACAACAAAAGUUCAUUUACAAAUGACCAUGAAAUGAUGGGAAUAUUCAUAAAGAAUUGCACUGUCUUUGUAGUUAUUAUUAUUUUUUUUUUCUGGAAUAUUAUUGAAGAUUCACAAAGUACAUUGUACAAUUAUCCAUGUAUUAUUUUUGGAACUUACUUCCAUCUAUGUGUACUCAUGGUUGUUUCAUCCUUGUGUAAUAUUCCAUACAAGGGGAAUUGAGAAAUUAUGAUAAUCAUAUUUAGAAAUAAAAUUUAGUAUUCAACUUAUAUAGGCAAACUAUAAUGAAAUAAAAUGAGAAUAGGGUAAGGACAGGGUGGCAUGAUGUUUAGAAAUUGUAACUGAAGUUCUGCAUUUAUAGCAUUUAAUUAUAUAAAACUAUAUUCAAAAGUGCUUCCAACGAUGUACAAAGUAAGGAAUUUAGGCUUUACAGCUUUGAAUUUCAUAACUGUUCAAUUCUGACUGGCAUGCAUUUUAUGUAAGCUAAAUUUAUGUUCAUCAGGUUAUGAUGUUUCUAAAAUUUAAAGAAGUAAACAAAAUUUGGGAAAAUAGAAUAUUUUUAAUGCAUCAGAUGGAUAUUAUGACAAUUUUGCAAUGAACUGAAUGAAACUGAUAAAAUUAGGCAAUAUCAAAACUUGCCUCAUUGCUCAUUUACUAUAGACUAAGAUAUUUUUUCUUUUUAUUGCAACAACACAGAAUUACACUUUUACCUCUUCUCAGGAUAUUGAUGGAUGAAACACAACUACAAGAAGAGAAACACUAGAUCUGUUAAGUUUCAAAUAAAACAGAGUUUGUCUCCAAGCAUCAAUACAUAAAUGAUUUGGGUGACAUCUAGUUUCAUUUGAAAGGCCACAGGUUUUGGAGGUCUUCACUUUGGAGUUGUGUGUUUUUUUUUUUUUUUUUUUUUUUUUUUUUACACUACAAUUUUUAUGUUUUGUUGAUAUUAACAGAUACUAUAAUGAGAAAAAUACCGACCAGAGUAAAUAGAGGAGGUAUAAAGAAGAAAGAACCAGUUCCAUGAUGUAUGUAGGCAUAUUAGUUUGUAGAAAUUUUUAUUACAAAUUAUACAUUGUUAGUAUUUAAGACAGUUGUCAGUCAUGGAUGUCUUAUCAUUAUUAUUAUUGUUAUUUUUACAUUGGAAAAUGAUGAAUGGAAGAAACUAGUUGUAACAGAAUGGCAGUUUUGUGUAUCACAAAAGACAACUGGUACCUGAUUGGCUCCUUUGCCAAACAAGAAUCACUGUAUCUUCAAGCUUGUAAAACUUUUUCAUGUUGUCUAAAUGUAAUUUUUAAAAUGUUGUGUUUGCCCCCUCCUCUCUCAUCUAUUUUCUUCUUUUUCUUUUUCUUUAUUUUUCAAACAUUUAUAUGUGUUGUCUAAAAUCAUCUUGUGCAAUUAUAACUGUACAAGUAAACAUGUGCCAAAUGCAUGCACACUUCUAUAUCAGUAUAUAAAGUAGUUGAAAACUGCAGUUCAAGGUUCAAGACAACCCUUGUUAAUAUUGAUUAAAUGCUAAUUUGAACUUUAAGCUUACAUUACCUGUUCAAAAAUGUUUAUGAAAAUAGCAUAUACAUUCAAAAAAGGGACGUGCAAUAUCUGUUCAUACUAAAAGUGCAAAUGGUAAAUACCAUCUCCCAUUAUUACAUGGUCGCAAUGAUAGAACUGAAUGGGUUAAACAUAAGAGUAAUAAUCAGUGUGUUUUUAAGUUCAUCUUGUGUCAUCAAAAUGAUGUCUACAUGUUUGCAAUAUUCUCCACAAUUAUUUUUAUAGAUGUUGCUUCCAAAUUACAGUUCAUAUGUGUCAAUUAUGUGCCAAGGUAAAAAAGUAUCUUAGAUAGUUUUAACUUGAAUUGUAGACAGUUGUGAAGGGGUUUUAUGAAAUUCCCAUUUCAUGAUCUUGUUUCAAGGGAACCAUUGUACACUGUUUUGUGUCGCAAAGCUUUGAUAUUAGGUAAUGUUAAGAAGGAAGAUAUUGAAUAUUAAUUAUAUACUUAUAAGAGAUGUAUAUGUUAUUAGUAGCAGCUACCAUUCUUAAACUUUAUCUUUUAAAGUCCGUUUUUUUGCUUUUCUUUUAUAGUUCUUGUAAUUUUGUAUAGAUUAAGUAUAAGUGUUUCCUUUUUUUCUCUCUCUCUCUUUUUUUUUUCCUAUAAAAGUAAGACUUUUGACUUUGAAGUAUUUUUCUUUUAUAGUUAGUGCUUUUUUCAAUUUGAGUUACAAGGUGGCUGGACUAAAGUUACUGAUAUGUUCAUGACAGCCUGUUGCAUGAGGAAGACUGUGAUGAGACUGAUAAAGAUUUAAGAGAGGAAGUUCUGAUACAUUCUUGAUUUCAACUCUUGGUUUUGGUUGUAUGUCUCUCUCUCUCUCUCUCUCUCUCUCUCUCUCUCUCUCUCUCUCUCUCUCUCUCUCUCUCUCUCUCUCUCUCUCUCUCCUCU